AUGGCCAAGGUCAAGUUUAUAGCCAGAACACGCCCAUUCCUUCCCGGAGAUCAACGAGAUGAUGUCCUCCAGACAGAGGGUUCCGUCAUUUCCAUCAGGGACCCUCGGAACCCUGGCCAGAGGAUACAGUACAACGAGUUUGCAGCUUGUUACGGGCCUGCCUCUACCAAUCAAGGAGACUCUCAGAAUAUAUUCGACAUAGAAGUGGCUCCUAUGCUAGAUGAUGUGUAUAAUGGCAAUCGAUUCUUUGUUACGGGUCUACUAGUGCAGGAAAGUCCACUACUAUGUUCGGGAACGGUCAAAUCGAAGUAUCUCUUGCAACACCGAGAAAGACCUUCUUCCGACUAUCGAUACAAGCUACAAUUUUUGGAGGUGUAUUGCGAGGACUGCUACGACCUUCUGGCCAAAAAGGAUAGACGAAAGAAGAAAGAGUCAUUAUCUCGGGCCUCGGCGUUCAUGAGUUCUCAACCCUGGAAGAGUUUAAAACACUUACAGACUCCAACAGCCGCGAAUGAACGUUCUUCUCGUUCUCAUGCAAUAUUUAAACUCUUGAUCUACGACGCUGGAUCCAGUCACCUAAAGGGAACUAUUGAAUUUGUUGACCUGGCUGGGUCGGAACGCCCCGAGCAUGUGCCGAAGAGUCAGAAACAAGAAUCCGCCAGUAUCAACAAGAGCCUCAGUGCUUUGAGUGGUGUCAUAACUGGUCUGAAUAAGGGAUCUGUUG